AUUCGAUAUCUCUAGAAAAAGAAAUUUCUUUCAAUUCAAAUUGAGAUGAUAAUAAUUUUGGCAAUAUUUCUCUGUUUGGGAACCUUAUUCGGUGAUUGUGCACCUCCGCCGGAGAUUGUCAAUCCAGAUGAUAUAAGCUACAAUGGAGAUCCGAUUCAAUUUUGGUGUGUGUAUGACCAAAACCAAGUGCAAUUUCUUGAUGCACGAAGCAACGAUAUGGUAUCGAAACUUGAAUUGAUUGGAUGUUUGGAUAAUGGAAAAGGUCUAUCCUUAUAUUUCCCAGGAAUACAAACUACUGUUGCUUCAGGAGAUGAUUUUGAAAAUGCAAAAGGAUGGUUUGAAGCAUCUGAUACAAACAUUUGCUAUGUCACAUAUGCAUAUUUGGGCCAAAGUUCAGAAAAUUCUACUGAUUCUCUCAUGAAGAAAAUGGCAGACACCCGCCGUAUAGAAUAUGCUGCCAGAGAAACGAGAGAUUUUGUAGUAAUGCUAAAAAAAAAUUGUUUUAAAAACGGUUCCCUACAGACUUUAUUAAAGCUGACAAAUAUGGCCGUCAUAGGUCAUCACUUUGGAGCACACGUUGGAAGUGUUGCUUCCAAAUAUUUGACUUUGACAUAUGAGGAUAUGGAUAUUAAUUUAACAGGUCUAGAUCCAGUUGAUGCAUCCGCAUACCUUAAUAAAGGACUUAUCUUUACCUGGUCCGAUCGAGUGUAUUCCCAAGGUAUAUUCACUACUGAACCGGAUAGAAAUAACAUAGGAUUCAAUGGCGUAUACAUAAAGAAUGAGUGUUCAACGGACAUUAAAGCCGAAGAUUUGAUUAUUGCCAUUAACACGGCUACUUGUCAGAAGAAUAUCAUCGCUACUGCAAAGUCGAGUGGAACCGGUACAAUUAAACUACAUCGUGGAGCACCAGUUGCUCUUGCUAGUAAUGAAGUUCAAAUUGGACCAUACAAUCUAAGCAAUAGACGUCAAGGCAUUUUUCACAGGAUUUUUACACUGUCUGUUACAUGCAGUGCUUACGAAACCUUGAGACAAGCCUUACAUUCACAUGUGUCAUUGCAGUACAAGGUUGAUCCAGUGAUAUUUUCAUGCAUUCAUAGCAGCAAUCAAGGCGCCUUUCUUCAAGCCAGAAGCGACGACUUAGGAUCAAAAUUAGAAUUGAUUUCAUGUUUGAAUAAUGGAAAAGGACUUUCAAUAUAUUUCCCAUCAAUAACAUCGACUGUCACAGCAGAAGGGCCUGAUUUUAGAAAGGCAAAAGGAUGGUUUGAUGCAUCUGAUACAAAUAUUUGCUACAUUUCAUAUGCCUACUCAGGCCAAAGUUCAAAAGGUUCUACAUCUGCUCUACAAAAGUCAGCAUCCGUUAAAAAAUCGUCGUCUUUCAAGAAAAUGACAAGUGUCUUGAAGAGGCUCCCUUCCACCAAGUCCUCCGCUUCUUCUUCUUCUUCUUUUUCUUCUCCUUCAUCUUCUUCUACUGAAACUGCCAACACACGCCGCGUUGAGUUUGUUGCCACAGAAGCGGAAAUAUUUAUUACCAAAAUCAAAGAUGAAUGUGUUCAAAAUGGAGUUGAUGGGUCAUUCAAGUCUUUGAGACAACUAACAGUAGUCGGACAUAAUCUGGGUGCGAAUAUUGCAAGUCUAAUUUGUAAAUACUUUUUCUUCAAAAAUAUUGAAACUGGCGAAAGAGUUAAUAUGUUAAUAGCUCUAGAUCCAUCCAACGAAGAAAAAAUUGCGAUUGAAAAUAGAUAUGCCAUGUAUACGCAAUUUAUCAGCACUACUAAACAUCGAAAACUGAAUAUUCAGCCAUAUUAUCAUAAUUCACCGGAGCACCAUUACGUACACAUUAAGAAUGAAUGUACAACAAAAAUAAAAUCAAUGGAUUUGAUUGCUGAUAUUCACACAGCUACCAGUAGAAAACAAAUUGUCGCAAUUGCAACGCAUAACGGAACCGGUUCAAUAAAUCGCCAAAUUUCUGUUCCAAAAUCAAAUGAGGUCUUAGUUGGCGUAUACAGCGAAUUUCAUGAACGAAACUCUGAUAAAGUUUUUACUCUAUCUAUUAAUUGUAAAAAAUUGACGAAUUUAACACAAGCAAUGGAACAUUAGGCAGAGCAUGUGGGUAUUUGAAAUGUUUCUUUUAGUGAAUUUAGACAAACCACAGCAUUUAUUCUAUUUAUUCACCGUCUGAUCACAGAUAAAAUCACAAUUAUUUACAAUAUCAUUUGCAAUGAAACACUACCCGAUCGAAUACCAGCUGCCAGUCUUUUCGACUUCGGAGCAGCAGAUAUCGACUGUGUCGAUUGUAUAUUACUAUAUUCAUAACACAAUUUUUCUUUUUACCGAAUAUUAAAUAUCAAAUUGCAAUAAUCUUUUAAUAAUAAAAAUCUGAUUAUAGAAUUCUUUAAAA